GCUCCCUAUCAGACACCAUCACUUGUAUGGAGGGUAAUGCUGUGAAAAACACUGUCAAAAUAUUCAUGACAGGAGGACACAUCGUGCUGUUCGUCUCGUGAAAACGGAAAUUGCCCCUGACGCUGCGUCGUCCGAAUUUCCUUGGGGGGGGGGGCUUACUAUGCACCAACUACCUCUUCUCUCGCCACAGUUCAGAGUUGACUCGGGCAGCCACGGGAUGGGAAGCACGGGCCGGUCACCUCAGGGUGGUGCGAUGCAGCUUCCUGUGCUGACCCAGCCAGGCCUCGGGAUGACCACUACGACGGUGACUACCAUCACUCAAACAGGCGGCGACUGGAGCACGGGCCUCUUUGACGUGUGCGCCGACAACAGCACCUGUGUGAUGGGUGCCUUGCUGCCCUGCUGUCUGGAGCUGAGUUUGGCUCAUCAGUUUGGUGAGUGCCUUUGGCUUCCUCUGCUCCCGGGCUCCACCUUUGCCAUGCGGGUCGGCAUCAGAGAACGUUUCAAGAUCAGGGGCAGCAUCUGUGAGGACUGGACUACAGUGUUGUUCUGCUACCCUCUGGCUGUGUGUCAAAUGGUCCGAGAGAUGAAGAGGAGGAUGAGGAGGCAGAUGUACACUGUUUCUACUGCACUUGAGUGUUCCUGAAAGCAACUGUGCAUGCCUGUAUGUUUAGGUGUGUUGGGCAGUUCUUAAAAACUGAGAGGCUAGUCUUGGCUGUGGGUAUAUUUGUAUACUGUAUUUACGGCUGUAUAAAGAGACCUGCCCGUACUUCUUAGUUAAAGAUGGAUGUCUCUGGUAUUUCAAAUGGAUGGAUAGGUGGGUGAAUGUGGGGAUGGGGGUUUGUUUAUAUAAAAAUAUAUAUAUAUAUAUAUAAAAAUAAAAGCUCUCCCAGGGUGCAUGUUUGGUCAGGUUAUUUGAUUGCCUUUUUUCUUUCUUGUUUUGUCAAGUUCAAUUUUGGAAGUUUUCUUUCUUAAUACAAAACUUCACAGGUUAGUGACACAGUGGAAAAUCAGUUUGUUCAAUCAGUCCAUUUGUGUAACAUUAUUCAUUACUGUUUGUGUGUUAUGAGUCAAUAUGUGCACUGAAUUCUUUGCCAUCAGAUUAAUUUUACUGUAGCCCUGUACAUUUCAACAGUAUUCACUAUACAUUAAAGACUGCUUGAGUCCAGUAAAUGUCUAAAGUGGAGAGAUCUUUUAAAAAUA